AAACAUGUCCAUAAUCUUCAGCCAAAACGCUAAACCAAAAAGUCCCAUCAUCCCCCGACCCUUUCGCCGCGCCCGUGCACAAACCCGCGCCGUCGAAGCUGGCCCCUUGCCUCGGAGUCUUGAACGCAAACUCGGAGGAUCGCCUCGCUACUCUGCGCCGUCACCGCCCACCUCCUCGUUCUUCAAUCUGCUCCCUGUUUGCCGUGCAGUGGAGACCAGUUAUCCGAUUUCCCUUGUCGUUGGUCGCAGAUUUCUCCAAGAAAUCUGGGGACGCUGAUAGGAGGCCGUACAGAACGCAGCGGCAGCAAUGGUGAUGUCGGAGUCGGACGACGACGACGACGAGCCCCAGCUCAACGCGGUGGAGAGCUACUACUUCGUUGACUCCACGAACGACAACGAGCCUGUCUGCUUCUCCACUCUGCCUUUCCUGUUCGGGGACACUGAUGAUCUUCCUGACUGCAAGAAAAGGCUGGUGCUGCGCGGGACUGGUGGUGACCCGGGCGUCAAGGUGUACAGUGAGGUGGUGGCCUGGAGUCUGGGGCUCGAGGGGAAGCAACCCCAGUUUGCGGUGCUCACAGCAGAAGGCAGACGUUGGGUUCGUCUCGUUAGGCCCUUGAACAGCUACGAGGAGAUGAUCAGGACUGUGCUGAUCACAGCGCAUAUGCUGCAUUUUCUCAUGAGGAAGCCUCAUGAGCCAGAGAGAACGCUGUGGAACCACCUUUGCAAAGUUUUCAACAAGUUUGACGUUAGACCCUCAGAGGACGAUUUCAGGAACCACAUCUCACUGAUGAAGCAGUUUGUGGCAAAAGAUCCUAUCUUAGCAAAAUCAGAGAUUUUGCGAGUAUUUGUUGAAGGAAAAUCUGGAAAAAUUUUCACUGAGGCUGGUGCAGACCAUAUUGAUGUUAAGCAGCCAUUCAUAACUGAUGAUGAGGACAUAGAUGAGAUGAUUGUGGAAGAUGCCGAUAAUGAAUCUGAUGAAGAGGAGGAUGGAGAUUUGUUUGAUUCAAUAUGUGCUAUUUGUGACGACGGAGGAGACAUAUUAUGCUGUGAUGGUCCAUGUAUGCGCUCUUUCCAUGCAAAAGAAGGAAGUGGUGAAGACUCCUAUUGUGAUACCCUUGGCUACACUGAGGCAGAAGUUGAGGCAAUGAAAUUAUUUCUGUGCAAGAACUGUGAGUAUAAGCAACACCAGUGUUUCAUCUGCGGAGUGUUGGAGCCUUCAAAUGGAGCAGCAGCUAAGGUUUUUUUAUGUAACAAUGCUACAUGUGGACACUUCUACCACCCGAAAUGUGUUGCCCAGCAACUUCAUCCUAAUAACAUUGAUGAAGCCUCAGAAUUGGAGAAGAAGAUAACAGAUGGGUUUUCAUUUACAUGCCCAAUUCACUGGUGCUUUCAUUGCAAAGGUUUGGAGGAUAGAACACAAGGGCCUUUGCAAUUUGCUGUUUGCAGACGCUGUCCGAAGUCAUAUCACAGAAAGUGUUUACCAAGAGAAAUUUCCUUUGAUGAAAUUGAAGAGAAGGGUGUCAUCAUACGGGCUUGGGAAUUAUCAAAAAUGAUUUUGAUAUACUGCCUGAACCAUGAGAUCGAUAGUGAACUUGAGACACCUGUCAGAGAUCAUAUAAAGUUUCCAAGGAUUGAAAAACCACUUCAAUUUGUAAAGAAGGGAGCUAACUUGUUGCCUAAGAAGAAAAAGAGGACUUACAGUGAGUCAAUUCUUGAGCAACCUCCCAAAGAUACUGUGAAAAUGAAAAGCAAGGUUCGCAUGCAAGAAAGCGAGCAAAACAAACACGACACCAGAGAAGUUUCUGUGAAGAGUUUCACUCAAAACGUUGUUGACACACCUGUAAAGAAAAAAGGCAAGUUGAAAGAGAAUAAACAGUUGCCUUAUGUGGCCAAGGAUCAUUUUGUAAGCAGUCCAAAAUCUGUGAAAGAGCAAGAACAAGAGUUGGUACCUUUGCCCUUAUCUGGAAUCAGGAAGAGUUCAUUUCCUAAAGUGGACAGUGAAAUUGAAAAGAGGGUGAUUAGCAUACUGGGAAAUGAAAUCUCUUCGUUGACAAUAAAAGAUGUAACAAGGAACUGCAGUUUGCCAUCAACUCAUGUAUACUCUGGCAGACCAACUGACAAGAUGCCACUAGGAAAAAUUGAGCGUUCUGUUCAGGCUGUAGAAGCUGCUUUAAAAAAGCUGAAAAAUGGAGGUAGUGUCAAUGAUGCUAAAGCAGUAUGUGAACCUGAUGUUUUAAGACAGCUUGCAAGGUGGCAUACCAAACUCAGAGUAUAUAUAUCACCUUUUAUUCAUGGCACAAGGUAUAGUUCUUUUGGUCGACAUUUUACGAAGGUGGAGAAACUUGUUGAGAUUGUUGAUAGACUUCACUGGUAUGUGGAAUCUGGUGACAUGGGGGUUAUCUUGACACUGUUGCAGGCUCCUGGAAUCAGCCAAUGGAAGAUUGUAGAUUUCUGCUGUGGGUCAAAUGAUUUUAGCCGGCUUAUGAAAGAAAAACUCGACAAAGUUCAGAAAAAGUGCCAUUUCAAGAAUUAUGAUCUUAUCCAACCACAGCAUCACUUCUGCUUUGAAAAGAGGGAUUGGAUGACUGUGCAACCAAAUGAACUGCCUCGUGGAUCCCAACUAAUUAUGGGGCUUAAUCCUCCUUUUGGAGUAAAAGCAAGUCUUGCGAACAAAUUUAUUGACAAAGCAUUGACAUUCAAGCCUAAGCUCAUUGUACUAAUUGUCCCUAAAGAAACAAAAAGGUUAGAUAAGAAGAAGAUACCUUAUGAUUUGAUUUGGGAAGACAGUGAGUGUCUUGCUGGGAAGUCCUUCUAUUUGCCUGGUUCUGUGGAUCUUAAUGAUAAUACAGUUGAAGGGUGGAAUGCAUCCGCGCCACCCCUCUAUUUGUGGAGUCAUCCUCAUUGGACAAAGAAGCACAUGCAAGUGGCUGAAGAGCAUGGUCACACUUGCAUGGGGAAGAUAGCUUCCCAUGUUGAAAAGAGAAAUCUGUCAGAUGAUCUGCCCGUGAGGAAACAAUCUGAGGCUGCAAACAAAUGGAACUCCAGAUCAGGGAAAGAGACUACAUGCAAUGACAGAAAGGACAAUCUACUUGAUGAUGUUACUGCUAAGAAGCAAGCAGGACCUGAAGAAGAAAAGGAAACUCUAGGGAAGAUGGACCACCAUGUGAAAAAGGCUACUAUACCAGAUAGCCUUACAGUGAAGAAACAAACUGAAGCUUCCAGCAAAGCUCUCUCUCAUUGUGGAAAUGAUAGAAAGAUUGGCAGGUACAGCAGCAGGAAAUAUGAUGACUGGAGAAGUAAGCGGACACCUGAUCACGAAGAGAGCUUCCCACCUGAAAAGCAAGUGGAAGUUGCAUAUGAGGAGACAAAAGUUAUUAUUCCAAGCAAAAAGAUUACUCAUAACGAACAAAGCGGUGCUUGCCGUGAAAAUAGAAAGAAUUCUUGUGUGGAGGAAACCAAGAACGUGGAGUACAACUAUGAGCAGCAGACUGCAGCAGGGAUGAGGUUCAGAGAGGGAGAGGAUUCUGACAUGAGUAUCUCACCCCCCUCGAGACCAGUUGAACCCUUUGAUAUGAUAGCUCACCCCAUUGGCUCUCUGACAAAAGAACCUUUUGACCCUGUGCUCAAUAGAGGGGCUACUCAUCAGGACAGUUAUGCAGUAACCAAAGAGGAAUACCUGGGUCAAUUUAAGAGGAAAAACGACCGUACCUUUACUGACAUUGAUGAUAGCUCAAGGAUGAGGGGCUCCAGCAUCGAAGAAGUGACCAGGCCCUAUAUUGCUGCUCCAACCAGUGAUCCCUACAGCUUGCGGUAUAGAGGAGAUGGCAGCUUCUACAGGCAUCCGAGCUCAGAGGAUUUAAACACUACAGGCAUCAGUGCAGGAUAUGGACAAAUUGGUGGUGACAGUUACCCACAAGCAACAGGCUCGCAAACACAUAAUACUAGAAUGCAUGGUGGAACAAGUGAUGAUAAUUACCUGUCGGCGAGAUACUCCCUUGGAUAUUCAGGUUCUCGCUUUAGCCAACCAGCUUCAACUGUUCCCGCUUUUGGGCUCUCAGGUGCAAGUUCACAACGAGGCUCAGUAAUAGACAAGUAUUCCUAUGGGCUCUCGGGUCCCACUGGACCACAGGAUUCUGGUAUUAACAGAUAUGCUCCACCGGACGACGGAACGAGCACAAGAUCCAAGAGCUCCUUGGCUGAACAACAGUACCCGUUCGGACAAUCUGGCUCUUCCGGUGGCGAGUGGCCUCAUAUCUGAUCGCUGGAACUUGUUGUCGAAGUUUUUUUUUCAAGGCAAAAACUGUGGGAAGUUCUCCACGGUACUUCAUUUUCAUUUUUAGAGGGGAUUACAUGUUAUCAAAAUCAUGCAGCUUUUGACCUGACCUGGGUGUAAAUUGGAGUAAAACCACAAGCAUCUAUCCAUGCGGGGCUGGUGUUAAAAAGCAAAGUUGUUUCUUAUAAAACUGUCUACAGCAGUCUAUCCAUGAUUUACCCAAAAUUACUGUUUUGUACUGUAGACUGCAUUGUUUGCAUAAUGAAGUUUGAAUAUAGAUGAGGAUGGGUAAGAGAUAGACUAAGGUAGUUUCAUCAUACAUAUAAGAGUUGUAAUGACAUAUAAGUUUGAAUAUAGAUGAGGAUGGCUAUCCGAGGACAUGCCCUUUGCACAGAAAAAAA